CGGCGGGAGCCCCGCCAUGCGGGCCCGGCUGCUGCGCGCCUGGCGCCGGGGCGUGCGGGCGGCGGGGCCGCCAUGGCGGGUGCUGUUCUUCGGCACCGACCGCUUCGCCGUGACCGCCCUGAGAGCCCUGCGGGCCGCCGGGGAGCCCGGCGAGGACUCGCUGGUGUCCCGGCUGGAGGUGGUGACCCUGCCCUCCGCCCUGCCCGGAGACCUGCCCGUCAGGAGCUGUGCCAGGGAGCUCCGGCUGCCCGUGCACGAGUGGCCGCACACGGGACCCGUGGGGCAGUUUGAUGUGGGUGUGGUGGCAUCUUUCGGACGUCUUCUAAGCGAGGACCUCAUUCAGCAGUUCCCGUAUGGUGUGCUCAAUGUCCAUCCCAGCUGUCUCCCACGAUGGCGUGGCCCUGCACCCAUCAUCCACACAGUGCUUCACGGUGAUAAGGUGACUGGGGUGACAAUUAUGGAAAUAAGACCAAAAAGGUUUGAUGUAGGUCCAAUUAUUAAGCAAGAAGAGGUUGCUGUUCCUCCCCGCUGUACGGCACAGGAGCUGGAAGGGAUGUUGGCAAAGAUGGGUGCAAACAUGCUGUUAGCAGUUUUGAAGAACUUGCCUGAAAGUUUAAAAAACAAAAAAGAGCAACCAAAAGAAGGAGUAACGUUUGCUCCUAAAAUCUCCAUAGCAAAGAGUUGUGUAAAAUGGGAGGAGCAAACAGCUGCACAAAUAAUCCAACUGCAUCGUGCAAUAGGAAGUAUGUUUCCUUUGCAGACACUCUGGAAGGGCACUACUGUCAAACUCCUAGAUUUUGUGGAAGUGGAUAAUAUCCCUGGUUUCUCUGAUCAAAUAUUAAAUGACUGUGGAGUUGUUCCUGGUUCAGUGCUGUUCCAUAAAAUGUCCCAAACAUUGGUGGCUCGCUGCAAGGAAGGCUGGGUUGGAAUCAAAACAGUUGUUUUAAAGAAGAAACUCACAGCAGUUGACUUCUACAAUGGAUACAUGCACUCUUGGUUCCAGCAGAAUCCAAGAACAGUUCAUCAGGAAUGCAGAUUUCAAACACUCAAACUUAGCACGGCAAAAAAGACUCUGAAAGAGAGGGGAGUACUGGCACAGGAUAUAAAGCAGUAAAUGUAUUUUUUUAAUGUCUGUAAGUUAAUAUAAAAUAUUUCAAAGUCUGUGUAUAAAAUUCAACUUAAUUAAGGGAUUUCUUCCCAUGCUGUUUGAUCUUAUUGUCAUCCACAUGUUUCCAUGGCGAGUUCCUGAAGAUGCUUCUUCUCUUUGCCCAUUAAGGAAGAGAAUCUCCAUGAGUGCUGUAGAUACUGAAUAAAUCCCUGUUUCCACUGUUGAGAAAUAAAUUUAUUUUUAUACAACA